AUGGGAUUACGAGGAGAAGAGAAAGAUACCAUGUUGCGGGAAAGAGCUCGAACCGCAGCUUUAAAAGCUGGCGUGAAAUGUCCUUUAUUGGCACUACUACCGGAUGACCGUUUUGAGAAUGUUGAACUAGUCACGCUUCUUGGUGCUCUGGAGGCUCUCUACGUGCCCCUGGAGGUGCGUGAGAUAUGUCCGGAUCGAUCCUACAAAGCGUGUCAACUCGGAGUGUGGAGUCCGAUUUGCAGUAAGAAGCUUCAGGGUAUCGUGAAACUCGCCUCAGCGCUCGAGAGUGGCAGAUACGUCGCAAGGGACAUAGGAGGCGCGGAUCCUGAAAGAAUGGCGCCCCCGAGAGUGGAAGAGUACCUGGCAGAGCUGUUUUGCGGAUCGAAUGUCACGAUGCAAGUGAUAUCUGAUCAGGAUACGCUACUUCAGGAAUACCCGCUGUUUGCCUGCGUAAAUCGCGCCGCCUCGGUAAUACCGCGUCAUGCCGGUAGGAUUAUAUUUUUGACCUACGAGCCUGCCUGCGUCUUGGAGACGAUCAUGCUUGUGGGGAAGGGUGUCACUUACGAUACCGGUGGCACCGACAUCAAGUGCCAGGGCAUCAUGGCUGGCAUGUCGAGGGAUAAAUGCGGCGCGGCCGCCUGUGCCGGAUUCAUGCAGGUGGUGAAUUUAUUGCAACCACCGACGGUAAAAGUCGUCGCCGCUUUGUGCGUUGUGAGAAAUAGUGUAGGCGAGAACUCUUACGUCGCCGAUGAGGUGAUCACGGCAAAAUCCGGUGCGAGGGUGCGCGUAGGCAACACGGACGCCGAGGGUAGGAUGGCUAUGGCCGAUGUUCUCUAUCAUCUCAAAGAAAUGGCUCUCUGUUCCGUGAAUCCGCAUCUCUUUACCAUAGCUACGUUAACGGGCCACGCAAUGUUAACUGCAGGCUUAGGAUAUUCUAUUGCAAUGGAUAAUGCUGUGGCACGACUAACUAGUAAUGCGGAAAAGCUUCAAGCUUCCGGCGAAACUAUUGGCGAUCCAUUUGAAAUAUCGCGAAUACGUAGGGAAGACUUCCUCACCCAUCAAGGACGCGCAGAAGGUGAUGAUAUUUUGCAAGCACUGAAUCAACCUAGCUCUAAAACUCCACGAGGUCAUCAAGGACCAGCCGCCUUUCUAAUUAAGGCUUCUGGAUUGGACAAGCAUGGUAUUGAAUCAGAGAAACCUCUCAAAUAUUCUCAUCUGGAUAUAGCUGGCAGUGCCGGUGAACUUCCAGCACAAGCAACCGGUUCGCCGAUUUUAGCAUUAACCAAAGCGUUUCUUUUUGACAAAAUAAAGAUCACAGAUCCGUGACAUUAAAA